AUGGCUUACUCUCUUCUAUACCGUUCGUCAUACCAGAAACAAACUUACCCAAUUUGUACAUUUCGAAGAAUCGCAAGGAAUAUCAUUGCGUGUUUGUUACUUGCGUUUCUAAUCGCGAUACUAUUAAGUCACCUAAAUAGUUUCCAUAUCAAUCCAACUUCCUUACAUAUUCAGGAAUUCAGCAAACAUAAAACGAAUAUCGGUAAUAUUAGUAACAUCGUAGUUGUCAUUGAUGGAGAUCAACAGGCAAACAGUUUACUGCCUAUUUAUUGUAAACUGACUAAGAGGACAGAAAAUGUAUACACACAUGUAAUUGUUACUGGCCAGGGUCGUGGAAUAAGCGGUGCAAAAUUAAUAAGGCUCAAUACUUUAGUUCCAAAUUGUGACGUGUCCGUAUACGACCUAGGUAUUUCUGUCAACGAAAAUAUCUUACCGUUGGUAUUUCAAGGAAUAAGUCAUGUGUUGGGUCAAAUUCGGCCAGAUGUUUUGAUUUAUAUAAAAGAUCCUGAAAAUGAAGCGAUGCGUGGUGUUAAUGCCGCGUUUGUUGCCGCUUCUCAAACAAUCAGUAUUACAAAGAUUGCAAUACCCAUUGAGCAUACGAAACAUUUAAUGUGGAUAACUGAUUUAUCUAUCGAGGCGCUUAAAAAUUGGAAUACACCAAAUAUUCAGAUACAAGUAAUCACACAAAAUCGCCCUGAAUCUCUAGAGCGCCUCAUGCAAUCUCUCAAUUCAUCCAUUUAUUUUGGUGACGAUGUAUAUCUCACUAUAAAUGUUGAUCGAAAGGCUGAUCCUGUUACCAUUAAAUAUUGUCAAACAUUUAAAUGGCCUUUUGGUUAUUUGAGCGUUCGACAUCGCGUAGUACAAGGUGGUUUGAUAGCUUCCGUGGUGGAGUCUUAUUAUCCUACAACCAAUGAUGAAUAUGCAGUAAUAUUAGAAGAUGAUAUUGAGAUUUCUCCGUUCUUCUACGUAUGGUCAAAAUACACAAUCUUAAAAUAUAAAUAUGGUGUUGACCGGAGUUUAUCCGGCAGAAUGUAUGGAGUCAGUCUUUACGAUACAAAAUUCAAUGAAAUACAUGCGGCUGGUCGUAGACCAUUUAAUCCUGCUCACGUUUUGAAAGACACAAAAUACCCAAACCAAUCUCCAUAUCUUAGUCAAAACCCUUGUAGUUGGGGUGCUUUAUUUUUCCCUGAAAUAUGGCGCGAAUUUCAUACUUAUCAAAAUGCUAGAUUAAGAAAUAAAAGACAACGUAAGGUAGUUGUUCCAAAUAGUAGAUCAAAUAGUUGGGGUAAAUCUUGGAAACGUUAUCUUAUCGAGCUUGCGUAUUCUCGUGGCUACGUAAUGCUCUAUCCUAAUUAUAAAGAUUCUGUCAGCUUUUCCACUAAUCAUGCUGAGAAAGGUGUUCAUUUUCAUCUCUCAGGAGAGAGAAAAAGGUUAUGGCUCCUUCCACUGAUGAAAGAGGAUAUUUUAUUGGAAGGACUACCUGAUGGUCAUUUGCCAAGCUACAAGGAUUUACCAGUUAUGGAUCUUUGGGGAAGAGUUGUAUCGACAGAAGAAUUAAUUCGGCGAGGACGCAAGUUUCACUCGAAAAUUUCGCAAUGUCCUCCCAGAAAUGAUGAUAAACUCACAUAUGAUCCCCAAGACCUAUUAUGUGUGAAGAAUAAUGGUAGUACAAUAAAGAAUGAACGAAUAACCGAGAAGAAAAAUUCUGUUGAAGAGCCAAUAAUUGAAGAAAAUGUAGAAAAUAAUUUAAUAUAA